GUCGUAAUUACUGCAAGAAAUGGCUCAACAAAUGAGUGAUUUGUAUUGUUUGUGGUAUUUGUUGUGAUUGUUGUGAUUGAAGUGAUUGUUGUGGUAAAGAGUGAUAAUGGGAUCCGUUUCACAGAUUGGACUCAAUUGGAUGCAUGUGUUGGAGAAGGAGUUUGACGUGUGUUUCGUCGACACCGACACGUGUUUGGCUCAAGUGUUUGCCAUUAUCUCAGACUCGGAAGAAGCGGUGAAUGUGAAUCAAUUCAAUGAUCUGAUGGUCAAUAUAUGUGACGCGAGACAACACUUGACGGCAAUCAGUGGUCUCUUUACUCAAUUGGUCCACAAGACGGUCACAAUUGCCAACAAUAACCAAACACUAACCAAAGAAUUGGAGGAUUUAAGACAAGAAUUGUGUGAAACAAAAGCAAUUAAUAAAGAGAACGAUGAAAUUGAUGACAAAAGUGAUUCAAAAUGUGAUAGUUGUUCGUCUGAUGGCAUACAUGCCAUACAUCCCAACGAAAGAAAUUCAUUUCCAAUUUUGAGAAAUGCGGACAAAUGUGAAAAUAAUGAUAUUCUACGACAAAAGUGCCGACAAUUGCAAGUUAAAGACCAGGAGUGCGUUCAACUCAGAAAAUAUAUCAUUACGUCGACAAACACUUCAAUUGCAAAGUGAGUUAUUCGGGUCACGACUGGCCGCUAAGUAUUUGGACAAAGAACUGGCCGGUCGUAUACAACAAAUACAACUCUUAGGUAGAGAUGCUAAGGAUGCCGAUCACGACCGUCUCUGGAACCAAUUGGAGGCCGAAAUACAUCUACACCGCCAUAAGACUGUCAUCAGAGCCUGUCGUGCCAAUUGUCUCGACGGCUAUCCAUUAGCCGCUCCGCCGCAACACAACAGCUUAGCUCUGAAGAAAAGACAGGGCGUCGGUGUCUUCCGCUUCGUCACCAUCGACAAGGACGCCAAUCAAGGGCUCGGCAUCUCUAUCACUGGCGGCAAAGAACACGGCGUUCCGAUCAUUAUAUCGCAAAUACACGCCAAUACAGCGGCCGCCAGAUGUGGUGCUUUAUAUGUCGGCGACGCUAUUCUUAGUGUCAAUCAAAUUGAUUUAAGAGAUGCCAAACACGCGGACGCGGCGUAUAUACUAUCCAAUCAGAGCGGCGAAUGUGUGCUGGAAGUGGUAUUCGUGGCACCGGAUGAGCAAACAGAUGACGAGGAAUAUGUUGGAUGCGCUGAUGGCGAUCAAGUCAUUACAGGUCUGGGCAUUAGUGGCGGUAAUUAUCCGUUUUAUGAUUCGCAAGUGAUUGACGCCAAUGCCAUUGAAUCCAAUGAUUAUUAUAAUAACCAAACAAUUAAUGAGACGGAAUCCCUCGAUGGCAGUGCGAGUCAGGCCAAUGAGACUAUCGGCUCAGUCUCGUCAUCACCGACUAAACGAUACCCUGGAAAGCAGAAAGAGUACCAGAAGUUGACAUUUUGGCCUCUAUUUCACUAA